AUUCGUUUCACUUUUGGCCUGGCUUUUCGAAGAUCUGCCCUGUACUGUGAUUCAAAUACCAUAAGCAUCGGUAGCUUUCUUGGUCCAGGAGGUUACUGGAGAGCAGAGUGUGUUAACUAUCCUGGCUACAGCUCACAGUGCAAUUCAGGUAUCAUAGGAAGCACUAAUUUUCGUUGUACAGACUACAGUAGCAGCGAGGAUUGGUCAAUGGGUGAAAGUAACUUUACUUACACCUUCUCAUCGAUCCACGACGAAUGGAUCGUAAGGCAAGUUUGUACUUACAAAAUUACGACACGAACGUUAUUAAACAACGGCGUUAAUGCUAAAAAAAUUACUAACAAAAUGUCACACUGCAAUUAUUUAUUUUUUGUUAACAGCUACGAUAGUUGCUGUUGGAUAUCUUUAUCUCGCUAUGGUGGCAGUUGGCUCGUAUCGACGACCGUAAACCUUACCAGACGGUUAGAUAGUGGAAGAAUUAACUCGUCUCCUGUAUCAAGAAGCCCGGCUAUUGUUCGGUGGUCUGAAGGUUGUCCCAGUCAGUCUCUAAGGAUCCCUGUAGAAGACGCCGACGGAGAUGUGGUUAAAUGCCGCUAUGCAAAAUACUCCGAGUCCUACUUUAACAACGAUAGUUUUCCUUAUGGCACAUUUGAUGAGGUAAUUAGUCAUUUCUGUGUUUGGGUUUUCUUUAGAAUGGGAAGUGAAAAUUCUAGAGCAUAAGAUGACUUUUAAAGCCUAUUAAGCGUUAGCCCUAGUAAAAGGAAGGACGGAACAAACAUACAAGGGAAAACUGAGGGGGCUGUGGUAAACUAUAGUGAAGCCGAAAUAGUCCAAUUUCGAAUGCUAGUAUAUUAAUUGGAGACUCGUGUUAACAGCGUCAGCCUCCACUCGAUAUUCUCAAAAGACCCUUUUUCAACUCUACCUGUUGUUCAUUGUCAAAUUUACUUAAGGCACAUCACAGCUGACAUUACUGCAUUCAUUUCUGAAUAUUUUACUUUAGGUCGAGACUAACUCUCUUUAAGUAAGCUUGGUGUUUGUGCAGCCAACUCUCUCACUGGUCUCACAGCGACCACUUCUCGUAAGCGAACACCUCCUGAAAGCGACCACUUUGUAAAUAACCAGUUUAAUUGUUUCUCAUUCAAAUGCUGUUUCAAAUUCUAUCUGGUAAGAGACCACUGCUUAAAUUUCUUAAAUGACCGCGACUACUUUGUUAAAGGGAAGAAAUAUGACAUAUUCUUUUGUUUUCUGAUUCUGGUAAGCGACCGCGCGGCAUGAUCGAUCACGGAUGGUUUUACAUGUAAGAAAACCGUUGCUCGAAUGACACAAAAGUUCAGUUCGGCGGUUCAGUGCUGACAGAUAUUAUAGUGGUCUACGCAAAAAAAAGGAGGCUCUAAUAGGAUCUGUGGGUAAAAAAGUUGACUGUUCCAUCGUUGUUUUUGAUGAGACCUUGUCACUGGAUAAGCAUGUGAGUUCCGUUUGUAAAUCUGCUUUAUUUCAUCUUCGGAAUAUCGCUAAGAUUAGAAUGUAUCUGACUUCUGAGAGCACAAAGACCCUUGUCCAUGCUUAUGUUACUUGUCGACUGGACAAUUGUAACUCGUUGCUCCUCGGGUCACCGGAGUAUAUUAUUCAGAAGCUCCAGCGCGUUCAAAACUGCGCUGCACGCCUUGUAGCUGGGCAACCUAGGGCUGCGCACAUUCGCCCCGUCCUUAAGGAGCUACACUGGUUACCUGUGGAGCAGCGAAUUACCUUUAAAGUAUUACUGUUAACUUUUAAAGCUCUCAAUAAUCUGGCGCCUCCGUAUUUAAGUCAACUUAUAGUCCCAUACAACCCUACAAGAAAUCUUAGGUCUGCUAGCAAACAUUUAUUAGAAGUACCGAAUGUGCGCCUGAAGAGCUAUGGGGACAGGGCCUUUUCGGUCGCUGCCCCAAAGCAAUGGAAUGAUAUUCCCUUAGACAUUAAAUUAAGUGGAUCAGUUGAUGUUUUUAAAUCUAGAUUGAAAACUUAUCUUUUUAGACUCGCUUUCAAUUGACUUUUUGUUUUAGUGCUAUUGUUAGUUAGUUAUUUUCUUUUUUGAUUGUAAAGCGAUAUAGAGCUUUUGUAUAUACCGCUAUACAAAUAAAGGUAUUAUUAUUAUUAUUAAAAUGUUGUGUACAAAGUUUCAACAGUUCCAAGCGCUAUUCGAUGUGAAACAUUUUUGUGCCAGUUGUCUAUUUGACUAAUUUCAGCUUGUAAUAUAGGUUAGAACGUUAUGUAAUUACGUUAAUCAGUUUUAUCAGUUUGGGCUUAUUUUCUAAAUUUUUCUGUAGACGACAACCUCCUGUAAGCGACCACUUUGUCGUGCACCAUGGGUGGUCGCUUACGAGGAAGUUGACUGUAUUUACUAGUAAUUAUAAUAAAAUUCGAAAAGGGAUUCUUUAAGAGUUAAACACUUGUUUGAUUCAAUACUGAACGGGAUAAUGAAAACUAACUGAAAGUCAAUUUGGAUCCGAAAAUAGAAAGUUUAAUUUCAAUAUGCUACAGGGAUUAGUGUCACAUCUCCUUUUAACUGUCUUUAAACAGAAAACAUGUUUGCUGACGUAUAACGGCAACUAUGGAACGACUGGUACUUACGCUGUAGCACUGAUGCUAGAGGACUUCCCAGCAGGAACUACAAAUUUCGUCGGCGUUACUCCAUUCAGUGCUGUGGGACUACAGUUUCUUGUCAUAAUAAGCAGCCAUUCUGGUUCUUGUAACAAUGUUCCUGUGUUUACUCCCUUAACACCUAACGAUGGAGAAUGCACCGAAGUACAAAUUGGUUCAGUGUACAGAGCUGUCAUUGAGGUUACACUUGCAGACGUUUCGAAACAGUGAGUUUUUUCAACGGGGGCCCACACAAUCUGUUUUUGUAACCGAUUCUGAUUUUACAUUGAAUGCAAUGGAUUUACCGUUUGCUUCAUCUGUAGCGGUAUAGCGCUAAAUAUUGUACAUGGAUCAAUGCUAAAAACAUUGUAUAAUUUACCUUACCUACGGUAACUGGGCGUUCACUCCUUUAGCUUCAGAAGUGGUAUUUGGAGCGAUUCCGUGAAUGAUUUUGAGUUUACUGUGUUGUAAAUUAAGUCCCUCUAUUUGACAGCUUGUCAAUAUAGCUGCCAGUAACGUGAAUAACAGACAGAACAGAUUACCAGAUUUGUAAAAAUUACUUUUUCCUCCGUUAAAACAUGCUCCACGCGAAAACUAACGCGUUCUAAGACUGGGCGUACUGCAAAUAUUUUUAAAAUAGUAAGAACUUACUAAAUGAAUAUAGAAAUUAGCACUAAAUAAAAAGGGUUGCUGAAAUCGAGCAUAUAAUUAUCGCUUUACUGGUUACUUGAAAAAUGAUUCACCCAUAUACAUAUUUCAGCAUUGUAGAGAUUGUGGCUUCUUCUCCACCUGGAAUGGUAAUCACUUCUCCACGUCACCACGGAGGGAUUUAUUACAGUAAUGUCACGUGGUAUCCCAGCCAAUAUCAAGUUGGACAACAGUCGUUCUGCUUCAAAGCAGUUGACUCGGCAGGGUGAGAUGCGUUUUUUCAUUCCGAUUAUAGUCAAAGUUCAUUUAACGGAAACUCUCGUUAGCGAACCGGCUCAACUUCGGACUUAUUGACAAUUUAACCCCGUGUACUGGCAACUCUCUGUUUAUAAAUCCCAUUCCGGCACUGAAAGAGGCUAACUACUAUUUGCGGACACUUAGGCUCAGUGCUUCCCAUUGCUGGCCGCUUUUAAAACUUGAAGGAGCUUCAAAUUAAGAUAUCAAAUUACUGCAAGGGUUGAGGAGUGCUUAAAUACCGUCAGUUUUUAAUUAGUACUCAUUCCUUGAUAAUGGCGUGGCGUUUUCUUCACCGAAACGUCCGGACAAAUUAUAUCUGCCAUUCAUUGGUUUUAACUUUUUUCUGUGUUUCAAACUGUCGUUAAUAAUUUAACUAUCAUCUAUUUUUUUAUUCAUUGUUUAUCUGUGUUGUCGAAAGACGAACACUUAGCCGUUAGAAUUGCGCAAUACUGAUGACCCAUUUACAAAAAGAAUUACGGAUAUCCGCGCUUAUCUUUCUUAACUAGGUUGGGAAGUCAAUGGCGAUGCCUAACAAUUCUCGUCGGUAUGAGUAAGUAAACCAUGUUAAUCCUUGGACUUAUUGGGAAGCACUUAACUGCGAAGACUAUUCGGGGCAGCACUUAUUUAACACCUCACGAUAUAGGUCAAAAGGGAUAUGAGAUCAAGUCAAAUUUAUAAAGUUACCGUGUCAAGGAAUGGAUAAUGAACAGCUACUCAUGAGAGUCGGACCGGGACAAACCCUCAGAAAAUGGCGUAUGUGGUAAAUGAACCAAGGAUUUUUCCUUCGAUCGGCGCCCGAAGGUAAAGAUUGUUUGAACAGAUGAUCAGGAUGCUAUUUUGCUUCCUAGGUAGUACCCCCCGCGUUAUUUUGGGAAGUCGCACACCUCAUACUCCAUCCAGUACCAGCGGACCAGGCAUUAUUUGGUGGAGCAUACAGUUUGAUAGGGUGGUAAGACUAAUUCGAGUGUUUUUUUUUUAUUUCUUUUUCUAUUGGGCCUAAUUUUACUCCAACCUUUUAUCAUGUGCAAGUUGUUUUUUUUUUCUUCACCAUAUGCCACGCCGACCUCUUUUUUGCAAUUAUGCGUAUAUCUUGCUCUUUUUUGUUUAUGUUUCAAAGUGUUUCUUUCCCAUAGCUCAAUAGAACGUUUAAAUCUAAAUGUCUUCAUUAUCUCUAUCAUUCGUUUUUCUCUGGUCUCUUUACCUUUCUCUAAUCAUUUUCACCAGUGUGUAAACCCGUUCUUAAAUAUUUUUUCUGAAUAUGGUGCAGUUGUUUAUAACGCGAGAAAUGUGGCAAUGUGGGUAUUACAUUAAAAGGAGUGUGUGCUCGUUGGCCUAUUUUUAGGGAAGAAACUAGAAUUAUUAUUUAACUUUCUUUUCUUACACAGAUAAAAAAGCCCCGUUCUUCAUCCUUCAUCAGACUCGUCCUUCUACCCAGCGAGCACACAGUUCAUAAAGUGGACACACUCUCUCAGUUUGUCAUAAUCAACAGCGAUCAAACCACCCUGCAGUUUGCAAUGCCUUAUGCUGCAUUAAGUAUGAACGGCUCAUACGCCAUCUUGAUGGAUCGUGGUGCAGUGGUUGGACAAGGUUGUUCGUAUGACGGACCACCCACACCAGGAAUAACUAACACAAGUGACUGGCAGUUUACUACUGGUGUUUGUCCUGUCGGAUAUACCCUUGCUUUACCAUAUUUAACCAGUUGUGUUGGUAUGUCAAGCUUGCAAAUUCUUUUUUGUUUUUUA